AUGGCCCAAUCAUUCAAAUUCACAGUGCAUGUCCAUGGAGCCCUGUUAAUCCAACCCAAAACCACCACCCCAUAUGAAUUCAAGUACUUAUCAAACAUUGAUGACCAGUUAGGCCUACGAAACCACAUACCCUUCAUUCAUUUUUUCUCACACAACCCAUCUCUAUCAAGCCAAGACCCUGUAAUCACCAUUAGAGAAGCCUUAGGGAGAGCUCUUGUUUACUACUAUCCUCUGGCUGGGAGGCUUAGGAAUGGGGUGAGAGGUAAGUUGGUUGUGGAGUGCAAUGGAGAAGGAGUGAGAUUUGUUGAGGCUGAGGCUAAUGUGAGUCUUAGAGAGAUAACAGCGGCAUGUGGAGAGACGUUGAAGCCUCCUUUUCCUUGCUUGGAUAAGUUGUUGGUGGAUGAUGUCUGGGGUCCUUCUUGCAUCACUGACUCUCCCUUGCUCCGGGUGCAGGUGACCCGCCUCCUGUGUGGUGGCUUCGUGUUGGCCUACACCUUCAACCACUGCAUGUGUGAUGCAUUUGGCGCACUCCAAUUCAUGACAACUGCCUCUCUCUUCGCCCGAAACCCGAAUCUCCCCUCUCUCUCUAACUCACCAACGUGGGCACGUGAGGCCCUCACCCCCAGAGACCCACCCCGCAUCACCCUCCCCCACCCUGAAUACCACGACCCCAAUGAAGGUCUCACAAACCCCCCUCUUUUCUCAGAGGCCCACUUCAAACACUUGGUCCAAAACUCAUACUUCUUCUCAAAAGCUGAUCUCUCCACACUAAAGCGCAAGGCCCACAACGCCCCCACCUUCGAUGCUGUCGCCUCAUGCCUAUGGCGUGCACGCACCAAGGCUCUAGGCCUCGAGGGCGACCUGCGCCUCCUCUUCCCAAUAGACACAAGGCUUAGGUGCAGUCCUCCUUUGCCCAAUGGCUACUAUGGCACGGCGGUCGUGUUUGUGUGUGCACGUGUUGACGCAAAUGCAUUAUGCAGGCCAGAGGGGCUGGCAAAUGCGGCGAGGUUGAUCAGUGGAGCGAAGAGAGAGGUGGAUGAUGAGUACAGGGCGAGUGUUAUCGAUCUUUUGGAGCUUAGGGGAAGGAGAGAGUUCGGGAGAGAGGGGGUUUUCGUGGUUUCAGAUCAAAGUAGGUUGGCAUUUGCGGGAGUUGAUUUUGGGUGGGGGAGAGCGGUCUAUGCCGGGGCUGCGAGGGCUGGGACCGGGCCCGUACCGGGCAUGGUCACGUCCAUUGUGGGGCACAAUGGGGGAGUAGUCGCUUUGGUGAGCUUGGAGAGAGAGCAGGUGGGGGCGUUUGAGGAGGCUGUGAGAGAAGAUUUGAGGCCUGAUGCAAAGCUUUAA